CCCCAGACUUUGUUCGGGAAUACUUGCAGAUUCCCCCGCCUUGUUAUUUUACUCCCUACUCGAAUAAUCGAAACAAUGUCUCUCUUCUUACCUAGGUAGUUGAAGUUGUGAAUCCUCUCUUUCUCUUUCUAUUUCUCUUCCUCUUUGAAUAUUUAGUUUCCCUUGUUUUGUUAUUGAAUUCUAAGCAGGAUUUGGAUUUGGGUUGUAUUUGGUCAACCAUAAUCGUUCAAUACCCAAUAUGUCGGCAUCCGCAAAGAGAAGACUCGCAGCACUUUCCGAGCAGCUUGUGAAACCCAUUGAAGAUCAGGGUAACUUUGAAAAUAUCCCAAUUCUUAAGAAAAUUGCACCAGAUUCAACGGGCCCGAGAGUCAAGGGAAAAGUAGUCAUUGUGACAGGAACCAAUAGUCCUUUGGGAAUUGGACGAGCAUCAGCACAUCAGUUUGCGCAGAAUGGCGCAAGAGCUGUAUACAUAUGCGAUUACAAUGAUACGAAUCUCGAAACCCACAAACGUGAACUUGCAUCAUUAUACCCUGGUGUCGAAGUACACACGCGGAAGUUUGACGCAGCAGAUGAACAAUCCGUAAAGGAAGUUAUUGAUCAUGCGGUGAAGACAUAUGGAAGAUUGGAUAUUUUCUUUGCAAAUGCGGGAAUUGUAGGCACAAAUAAAGUAUUUACAGAUAUUUCUGCAGAUGAGUUUCUGUCUACUUUACGAACAAAUGUUGUCAGUGUAGCAAUGGCGGCCAAAUACUCGGCACCAGCUAUGAUGUUAACAUCACCGGAUAAGCAAUACCCAUCAGGUAGUAUAAUAGCCACAGCUUCAGUUGCUGGUUUACGUUCCAAUGCAGGGUCCAGCGAUUAUUCUGCCUCCAAAUCUAGCGUCGUCUCCCUGGCCCAAACGAUAUCCUAUCAACUAGCAGGCACUGGAAUUCGCGUCAAUGCUAUCUGUCCAGGCGUCAUCGAAACAGGUAUGACAGCACCUAUGUAUGAAGCUGCACGAGCCAGGGGAUCGGAAAAGAAGAUUGGCCAAUUAAAUCCGCUAGGAAGAGGUGCACAUGCCGAUGAGGUAGCUAGGGUGGCAUUGUUUUUAGGAAGUGAGGAGAGUAGUUAUGUUAAUGGUCAAGCUUGGGCUGUGGAUGGAGGACUUAGUGCUGGUCAUCCUUUCGUUCCAGGAAAGUUGGGUUGAGUCGGAGGUUGGUGAAGGUCAGAAUCCUAAAGAUGGCCUCACUAUUCCAUGAUUUGCCAGUUUGGUGUAUUUCCCACACAAAGUCCAAGCUGGAAGAAGAUCUCAAACAAUAAUAUUAUUUGACAUCAGCCCUUGAUACUUGCUGUUUCCCCAUAGUGCCUCUCGGACUCUAUCCUUUAUUUCUUUACUUCAAAUAUAGUUCCUAGAAUUGUAAUCACUGUUACAUACGACCAUAGACUGAAGAGAAUCGGGCAUCCCGUCCGCUCUGCC